UGGAUUUUAUGAAGAAUCUGCCGGUGCCUAAUAUUCCAACAAAUGACGUAUAUUAUAAACGUCAGUUGUCAUUUUAUAUGUUCAAUAUCCAUGUUCUUUCUACCGCCGAAUCUUACUUUUUCACAUAUGAUCAGACCAUUGCAAAAAAGGGAGCAGAUGAUGUGGUCUCUAUGCUUUACCACUUUUGCAAAAACAUUUUGCCACCUGAAGUAAGACACCUUGAUAUAUUUUGCGACAGUUGUGCCGGGCAAAAUAAAAAUUAUACGCUAUUCAGAUCUCUUCAUCACCUUGUUCAUGACCUAGAUCGUUUCGAUACAGUUCAAGUUACGUUUCCAAUUAGGGGACAUAGUUACAUGGAGUGUGACAAAAAUAUGGGCCUUAUCAACACAAAAGUUAGAAUUGAGCAGCCUUCACAGUGGAAUGAACAUGUACGAACAUCACGCUCAAAACCUUCCCCAUUUACAGUAAUCGAAUGCGAUAGGAGCCUCUUUAAACAUUGGAGUAAAUACUUUUUGACCACGUCCUACAAAAAAAAAGCUUCUUUUCAGACCAGACCCAUUAUUGAGAUUCUCUUUGAAAAACAACAUCCACGGACAGUACAGUUACGGGAAUCUUAUUCUGGGAGCUGGGAAUCUCACAUUAUACUGGACAAGAAGAAGAAGAAGACGAGUGUUGGACAGAACAGAAACCGAGAAGCAGAGGAACCAGAACUACUUUAUGAGGGCCCAAUUCCGAUUCCAAAAAAGAAAUUCGAUAACAUAAUGUUUUUAAGUCGCUUCUGCGGACCCGAAGCUAAACUGUUCUACCAAAAUCUCAAAAUCGUUGACCAAGAUAACGAUGAAGAUGACGAGGAUGUAUUUCUAGAGGACGCUAAUUAGAUAUCAAGAUCUCCAUAUCAAAAAACAAGACGCUAUACUGAUUAAAAUGUACUAUAUGU